AUGUAUAUCGGAAUUAUUGGGUCACUCAUGUACCUCACUGCAAGUAGGCCAGACAUAGUGUUCAAUGUAGGGAUGUGUGCAAGAUUUCAAGCAGCACCAAAUGAGUCUCACCUGAAGGCAGCCAAACGUAUCCUGAGAUACCUGAAGGGAACUAAGGACCUGGUCCUCUUCUAUCCUACUGGUGACUCUUUUGAUCUUAUAGGUUAUGUUGAUGCUGAUUAUGCAGGUUUUUUGGUUGAUCGAAAAAGCACAUCAGGCAUGACACACUUCCUGGGAUCAACCUUGAUUUCAUGGGGAACAAAAAAGCAGAAUUUCGUGUCAUUGUCUACUGUAGAGGCAGAGUAUGUGGUUGUUGCAUCAUGUUGUGCACAAAUAUUAUGGAUCAAGCAGCAGUUGGAAGACUUUGGUGUACUCACAGAACUAUCCCUUUCAUUUGUGAUAACACCAGUGCCAUGA